UAUUUGACACGCCUGUGCUGCAGACUGUGGCCCUAAGCAAGGACAUACUGGCUAUGUUUCGGUCCAUGAAGAUCGCCAGCAUCGACAUCCUGCUAGACCUUGCCACAGCAAAGCUCGCGGCAACGGUGCACACGGAGGAAGGCCUGGUGAAGCGGUACUCGUUCAACUGCGUGGAGGGCGAGGUGCUGCAGGCGACGGUGGACUCCGAGGCCUACCCAACCACCGUUGUGGCGGAGGCUGCUGAGCUGGACAAGCUGCUGUCGUCAUUCUCCGCCACGGUGGAUGAGAUAACGCUCAUCGUGCACCCGGUGUCAGCGGCCGCGGCCGCCAACGGCCACAAGGCCUGCGAGAUGCGCAGCUACCUGGACCCGCUCAAAGCCGGCCAGGAGUCGGCGCUGCAAACCAGCCUGACGCUCGACACGCGCUCCGUGUUCACUUCCUACUGCCACAACUCCGAGCACCCGGCUGAUGCCACCUUCAACGUCAAGGACUUCCGCACCAUGUCGGGCAUGUGCACCGCGCUGGGCGCUGACGUGGCGCUGCGCAUGGAGACGGCCGGGGCGCCGGUGGUGGUGGAGCCGCACUUCCGGGGGCUGCGGGAGGGCGGCGAGACGGACUUCACCGCAAUGCUGGUGCUGGCCAGCGUGCCGGAGACCAUGCUGGGGCCGGAGCACGCCGCCGCGAUGGCGCAGAUGGCGGAGCAGCGCGCGCAGGAGGCAGGCCCCGCCGCCGGCACCGGAGCGGGCGCGGGCGUGGGCGCGGGGCCGCCCGGCAGCGGCAUUGGUGCGUACGGCGGCGGGGAGGACGGCAUGGGCGAAGAUGGCGGCGGUGCGGCGGCGGCGGCAUACACCGGUGGGCACGGCGAGGAUGAUGGGGAUUUUGAGAUGGCGGAGCAAGGGGGCGCGUACGGCGCUGCCCAGCUUGCGGCCGCGCCGCAAGCGGCGGCGGCGCCUGCGGACGGGAAAGGUGGCCGGCGCCGGCUGCCAGGUGGCGCUGGGGCCUCACAGCUGCCGGCAGCAGCGGGGCCACGAGGUGUGUACGCGGCGGCUGCGGCGGCGGCUGGCAUGCAGGCGCCCGCGCAGACGGAAUCCAUGGAAGAUGACGUCCCAGCUCGCCGCAACGGCCGGCAUGCAGCUGCGGCUGGCGGCGGUGGCGGCGGCGUCUUCACCGGUGUGCAGGGCGCCCUCGGCGGUGCGCGCGCUCAGAUGCCGCCACCGCCCGCGCCCUACCGGCCCACGCCUGACCCCACAGGCCUGCAGCAGCACCUGCAGUUCAUGCCAGGAGCCGGGGCCGACGCUGCGGCCACCACCACCGCCACAACCACGAGAGGAGGUGCGGACGACGGGACCAGCGGUGGCAGCGGCGGCGCGUGGCAGCAGCACCAGCAGCACCAGCAUCCGGCUGAUCCCCGCCGCGGCCCGGCAUCCCACCAGCAGCAGCAGCAGCAGCAGCAACAGCAGCAACAGCAGCAACAGCAGCAAACUACGCCAGGGCAGCAGCCCGAGUACUUUGGCUUUGUGCGAGGUGAGCUGGGCGAGCCCAGUCACACCGGUGGCGGGGCGCAGUCACGAGACGACUCCCAGGAUCCCGAGAAUCUGCCUGGCAUGCGGUCUCCCUACGGGCCGCAAGGUGGCGGUCGCAGCCAGCCCGGCGACGGCCAGCCGCCCGCCCCUUAUCCAGCGCACCCACAGCAGCCCACACACCACCCGCAGCAGCAGCAGCAGCAGCGGCAGCAGCAGCAGCAGGCAGGCGCUGGGCCCAUGUGGACCGACGGGCUCUCCGCCGGCAACACGGGCGGCAGCGGGCGCGGUGCCGGCAGCGCUCAGGGCGGCCAGCCGCCUUCCAACGCCACGGCAGCGGCGGGGCAGGCCGUGCCCCACCGCUCCGGCAUCAGCAGCCCAGGUGCAUGGGGCAGCGGUGCCGGUGGCGUGACGCCGGGGGGCGGCGAAGCUGUGCAUGGCGCAGGCGCUUGCGGUGGCGACGCAGGGAGGAGCGCGGGCGGCAUGGGCAGCCGCGGCGCCGGCGCGAGUAGCUGGGGCGCGGGCGGGGGCACUGGUGCUGGCGGGGUGGCUGCGUAUGGCGGCACGUUGCAGCCGGGCCCGGGCGCGACGGCGCCCGAGGGCCACACCUGGGGCACGGUGGCGGCGGUUGGCGGCGUCGGUGCGCUACCGCACGGCGAGACGUCAGCGGAGGUGGGCAUUAGCGGCGCGCUGCAGCACCGCCAGCACCAGCCGCCGCACCAGCCGCCGCGCCAGGCGGUUAUCCAUGCGGAGCUAUUCGGCGAUGACGACGACGAGGACGACGAGGAGGUGCCCGCCACGCCGCCGGAGCAGCAGGAGACGCGGUCAAUGGGCCACGGCGUGUUGGGCAUGGGAGGGCCGGAUGCGGGCUGAGCUCGCAGGGAGAGGAGAGGUGGCGAACGGGACAUAGUGGAAGGCACACGGCAGGGCGCGCAGUAGGGGGCAAGUGAAGCAGGGUUUGCUGUCAUAACAACUUUUCCAUUUGCGCGUAAGUACAUGCAUCGCGGCAAGCAAUGCUGCAAGGAAUGAGCGAGUCGUGAGGCUUCAGGGCGCUUCGUCGUGACGAAGGGAAAAAACCCUAGCAUCGCAUUUAAGCAUCUUCGC